ACAGCGGGACCACGCCCCUUUCACUGUACGUGGUGACGUCAGCGCGAGCUCUGCUCCUGUGCUCAACACAUCGAGCUGUCAUCAUUUUACCGGGAGAAGCGAAGGGCAUCCGGGAUACCGACCGAGAGGGAGCCCAGCACUGUGCUUGGAGUGGACUGACGUGGACGUCUGACUGCUUCCUGUUGUGGCACUGACCUGCUUUUUUCUUCUGCGUCGUUGUGAGGUCGAGGACGUCCGGACUGUCGGACCGAAAGUCACCGCCGUGUGUGAUACUUUAAGGACUGCUCAUGCAUCGUUUAAGGACUUGUGCGGCGCGGUUGCGUCCGCUCACCGCCUCGCAGGCGGCUCAGACUGUCGGCCAACAGCGGCCAAUCACAGUCACCUCCACGGGUGGCAAAAGGACGUUUCAGCCAAUCAGGUGUUACACAGCACCGGUGGCCUCGGAGCCGUUCCUGAAUGGGACAAGCUCCAACUAUGUGGAGGAGAUGUACUACGCCUGGUUGGAAAAUCCCAAGAGUGUUCAUAAGUCGUGGGAUGUGUUUUUCCGGAACGCCAACGCUGGCGCUCCUCCCGGCGCCGCCUACCAGUCUCCUCUGGGGCUGUCUGCAGCGUCCAGCCUCGUCGCCCCCCAGCUCUCCUCUCUGGUCGGAGCUCAGCCCAACGUGGAGAAGCUGGUGGAGGAUCACCUGGCUGUGCAGUCGCUCAUCAGGGCCUACCAGAUCCGAGGGCACCACGUGGCCCAGUUGGACCCCCUCGGCAUCAUGGACGCCGAUCUGGAUUCGUGUGUCCCCACUGACAUUAUCACGUCCUCCGACAAGCUGGACGUGGCUGUGUUCAAGGAGAGGCUGCACAUUCUCACGGUCGGAGGCUUCUACGGUCUGGAGGAGUCGGACCUGGAAAAAGUGUUCCGGCUUCCCACCACCACCUUCAUCGGCGGCUCGGAGAGCGUGCUACCGCUGAAGGAGAUCAUCCGCCGGCUGGAGAUGGCGUACUGUCAGCACAUCGGGGUGGAGUUCAUGUUCAUCAACGACCUGGAUCAGUGUCAGUGGAUCAGGCAGAAGUUUGAGACUCCGGGCGUGAUGCAGUUCACUCUGGAGGAGAAGCGGACGCUGCUGGCCCGCAUGGUCCGCUCCACCAGGUUUGAGGAGUUCCUGCAGAAGAAGUGGUCUGCAGAGAAGCGCUUCGGCCUGGAGGGCUGCGAGUCUCUGAUCCCCGCCCUGAAGACCAUCAUCGACAAGUCGUCUGAGAACGGCGUGGAGAACGUCAUCAUGGGAAUGCCCCACAGGGGUCGUCUCAACGUCCUGGCCAACGUGAUCCGGAAAGAGCUGGAGCAGAUCUUCUGUCAGUUCGACUCCAAACUGGAAGCAGCUGAUGAGGGCUCCGGCGACGUGAAGUACCACCUGGGGAUGUACCAUCGCCGCAUCAACCGCGUGACGGACAGGAACAUCACGCUGUCUCUGGUAGCGAACCCGUCUCACCUGGAGGCCGUGGACCCCGUGGUUCAGGGAAAGACCAAAGCUGACCAGUUCUACUGCGGGGACACAGACGGGAAAAGAGUGAUGUCCAUCCUGCUGCACGGAGACGCCGCGUUCGCCGGUCAGGGCAUCGUCUAUGAGACCUUCCACCUGUCCGACCUGCCGUCCUACACCACGCACGGCACCGUGCACGUCGUGGUCAACAACCAGAUCGGCUUCACCACCGACCCUCGCAUGGCCCGCUCCUCGCCGUACCCCACAGACGUGGCUCGUGUCGUCAACGCUCCCAUCUUCCACGUGAACGCCGACGACCCCGAAGCCGUCAUCUACGUCUGCAAGGUGGCGGCUGAGUGGAGAGCCACCUUCCACAAAGAUGUCGUGGUCGACCUGGUGUGUUACCGUCGGAUGGGUCAUAACGAGAUGGACGAGCCGAUGUUCACUCAGCCGCUGAUGUACAAGCAGAUCAAGAAGCAGAAGCCGGUCCUGCAGAAAUACGCCGAGAAGCUGAUCGCAGAGGGAGCCGUGAGCCGGCAGGAGUAUGAGGAGGAGAUCGCCAAGUACGAUAAGAUCUGUGAGGAGGCGUACGCUCGCUCCAAGGACGAGAAGAUCCUGCACAUCAAGCACUGGCUGGACUCCCCGUGGCCCGGUUUUUUCACCCUGGACGGUCAACCAAAGUCGAUGAGCUGCCCCUCCACCGGCCUGACCGAAGACAACCUGAACCACAUCGGACAGGCGGCCUCGUCCGUCCCCGUGGAGGACUUCACCAUCCACGGAGGUCUGAGCCGAAUCCUGAAGGGCCGCGCCGAGAUGGUGAAGAACCGGAUGGUGGACUGGGCCCUGGGCGAGUACAUGGCCUUCGGAUCGCUGCUGAAAGAGGGGAUCCACAUCAGGCUGUCGGGGCAGGACGUGGAGCGCGGGACCUUCAGCCACCGUCACCACGUCCUCCACGACCAGAACGUGGACAAGAGGACCUGCAUCCCCAUGAACCACCUGUCCCCGGACCAGGCGCCGUACACCGUCUGCAACAGCUCGCUGUCAGAGUACGGCGUGCUCGGCUUCGAGCUGGGAUUCGCCAUGGCGAGCCCGAACGCUCUGAUCCUGUGGGAGGCUCAGUUUGGAGACUUCCAGAACACGGCGCAGUGCAUCAUCGACCAGUUCAUCUGCGCCGGGCAGGCCAAGUGGGUGAGGCAGAACGGCAUCGUGCUGCUGCUGCCGCACGGCAUGGAGGGCAUGGGUCCCGAACACUCGUCAGCUCGUCCCGAGAGAUUCCUCCAGAUGUGCAACGAUGACCCCGACGUCCUGCCGAACAUCACCGAGGACCUCGCCGUGCGUCAGCUCUACGACUGUAACUGGAUCGUGGUGAACUGCUCAACGCCUGCAAACUACUUCCACGUUCUCCGACGGCAGAUCCUGCUGCCCUUCAGGAAGCCCCUGAUCAUCUUCACUCCCAAGUCUCUGCUGCGUCACCCCGAGGCCCGAUCGAGCUUCGACGAGAUGCUGCCCGGAACUCACUUCCAGCGGCUGAUCCCGGAGGUGGGCGUGGCGGCCGAGCGUCCAGAGGCCGUGAAGCGGCUGAUCUUCUGCACAGGAAAGGUUUACUACGAGCUGACCAAAGAGCGGAAGAGCAGAGGCCUGGAGGACACGGUGGCCAUCAGCCGCAUUGAGCAGCUCUCCCCGUUCCCCUUCGACCAGGUGAAGGCGGAGACGGAGCGCUUCCCCAACGCCGACCUGGUCUGGUGUCAGGAGGAGCACAAGAACCAGGGUUACUAUGACUACGUGAAGCCUCGCAUCAGGACCACCACGCAGAAAGCCAAGCCCGUUUGGUAUGCUGGCAGAGACCCGGCAGCCGCUCCCGCCACAGGAAACAAAAACACUCACCUGAUCGAGCUGCGGCGCUUCCUGGACACGGCCUUCCACCUGGACGCGUUCAGAGACCAGCAGUGAUCACGUGACCUGCAGCACCUGGAAUCAGCCCUCACCCGUCUCGCCUCCAUUCACACUCACAACACACAGUCAGCCCUCUGUACGGCUGAGCACACCGCACAGCAGGAGGUCCAUUCAGAAAAUCACCGACCAGAACAUCACAGCGGGAGGCGGAGCCUCAGAUUCAAAUUUAAACUUUAUUCUCCUGGUUUGUGACGGACAGAAACAUUCCCGUAAUCAUCAAAGACGAAACGAGCUGCCGUUUUUCUCUCUGAGCUGUCUUUGUCCAUCAGACCUCACAUUAACGUCACCAUGACGCCGAGGGAAGCUAAAAUCAGACAGAUUCUCAAUGGACUUCUGAACUGACGUCCAACUAUUAGCACUUUGACGCAUUCACACAUAUACACAGUCAUCAUCUGAUCAGGUCUGAAACAUUUGAGACUAAACCAAUCAAAGUCUAAAAAUAGCAACAAUUUGGCAUAACAGCAGGUUUACGCCAAAUAAUCUGAGUGUUUAUUCUGAAUCAUAAAUAUGGUUAUGAUUUAAAAACUUUAUCAGUUUCUUGGACAAACACGGGCAGCAAAAAGCAGCAACGUUGGUCUUAAAUUAGAUAUAUUUUGAAUGAAGUCUGGUGCUGUUCACGUCUUCAGAUAGUAGCUGUUAGCAUUGUUAGCACUUCCUAUUUAAAAGCAAUGGGAGUCCAGCUAGCUGCAGAGAGCAGGUUUUUUUCACCUUUCAACAGGUGAGUUCGCUCAUUACGGAAAGGCUGAUGUGUUCAAUGAAAGUGAAAGUCACAGCAAACCGAUCUGCUCUCAAACAGCCGGUUCAGAAGUCCAUUAAGAAUGUGUUUUCAGCUUUUCCUCAGAGUCAGUGAUGCAUCCUGCUCGGCUGCUUCGGCAGCACCAAAUCAAGCUUAAAAAAAAAACCCGCAGAGGAAAACUGGAGCUUGUUAUUAACAUGUUGGUAUUAAAUUAGCCCACCUCGCUUUGCUGGCAGUGUCAGGGCUGAGGUCGCCUUCAGGCUCAGCUUCACCCAGCCACCGAGGCCGCUCAGCUUCAGCGUACUCUUCUCACCUGGGAUAAAGUUUCAGACUUUUUUAAACCUUUUUAAAUGUAUUUAAAGCAGGAGGGUCUGAAACAGGAAGACGAAGGAAGCAUCAUAACACUGAGUUCAGAGCGUUUCAGAGGUUUAACUCUGACGUAUUUGUUUGUGAACGUCUAAAAGAGUAAAAUCUGCUCUUAAACUAAAGUUUGAAGUGUGGAAGGCGUCAGAUUCAUACGCAGAGUUUGAGUUACAGAGUUGGACCUGAGAGAAAAAUAAACUGAACUACAGCAUGAAUAAUAAUAAUAUGCAUUCUUAAAUUAGAUGAAUUCUCAUUAGAGUCUGGUGCUGUUGUUCUGUUUUAGUGUGUGAACAGUUUAGCCGAUGAACACUGGUAGUUUACAGCUGUGUGAUUUAUUUAUUCUAAUAAAGUCCAACAGCAGGGAACACUGGGAAUUCAAACAACACAAGAAAGCACAUCUAAAAUUGGCAGAAUUUUGAAUGAAGUCUGGUGCAGUCUGACGAGCGGCUCAGAUUGCUUCUCAGUACCGUUUGUCUUAAAUUGGGUAAAUUUUGAAUGAAGUCUGGUGGGGUUGUUCAGGGUAUUUUGUUGCAGAGAUGUUUGGUGUGACCAGGCAAUGUCACGGCUCGAUAGCUGUCCUUCGUCAAACAGUUGCUGCAGAAGUUUCUAUUUCUGCAACUUUACAGGCAACAGCAACCUGCGUAUGGCAACAUGAAGGAAUGAUGCAGAUUUGCUUUAGAAAAGGUUCAUGUGGAGUUGAGCCUGAAUGACCUUUGACCCCACUGUCCACACGGUCACUCUCCAGCUGUGAUGACAGAACUCUCCAUCCUCGUCCUCAUCAUCAUCAGGACCCAGUCUUCUACUUCUUCUUCGCACAGAAAUCCUGAUGAGUUACAGAAAUGUUUUUUGUUCAUCUUUUUUUUUGCUUUUUAAAAUGCUCGUUAGCAUAAUUUGCGCCCCCUGCUGGGGGGCGGGCUAGCUGGGAGAAUCACUACAGACAGCAGGUGGUGGUUUUUACCUGUCAUCGGCAGGUGUGUCCGUGUGUAUUUAGAGGCAGCGCUUAACACUGAGAUUUUAUUGUCUUUUACUUUGAAGGGAUCUUUGGGGAAUGAGUCUGCGACACGAACUCAACCAAAAGCACUGCUGAUGAUUAAUUUAACCCCUCGCUUCUGGCCCCGCCCCCUCCUUUCCGGCGAGCGUUCAUCCCGUGCCAAAAUGGAUCGCAAGCGUCUCGUGUUUUUAGUGUGUUUGGCAUCCGGCGAGCGGCAAAACGGUCGGCCGCUGGUGGCGUUCUGCGAGACAAAGAAAAUGAUUUAUUUAUUUUCAUAAAGGGGAAGUUCUCUCAUUAUUUUGCUUCAUUCAAUAAAGAAAUCUGUAUGUACUGAGGA